AAACAGGACAAGCAGAAGAGCAACCACUGGAUCAGAUGAUGGCACAGCUGGAGACCGACGACAAUGAGGAAGGUGGCCACGGCCACCGAGGAGCCAGUGCAACAGGCCAGGCGGCGAGGACGCCCACCAAAGAAGAAGGCAGCUGCAGAGACUGGGGGUAACCAGGUGCCUGGCAAGAAGAUGCCGCCAAAAGAAGCAACUCGCCGGGGCCGUGGUAGGCGAACCAAGCACACUGAGGCCCAUGCCGCCGCCGCCGAUGACGUCGGUGACGUGUCUAUGGCUCGCGUUAAACAACCUGCAGCGCGCCGCCGCAAGACUAUCCUUGAAAUGGAUGCCUGAGCUGAGGACGCAGCCUGCACGGAAGCGGGGUAGCAAGAAGGGGUCACAGCAGCGGCAGUCGGAGGAAGAAGAAAGCGCUGAGCCGCGUAUCGGUGACACACAGGAGACGUUGGCGGCUGAUGAGCCGAGGGCUCCGUCGCCUAAGCGCAAGCGCGUGGGGAAGACUGCAAUCACGCUCGGCCCUGUGAGCAGCGAAGGCACAGGGGCGGCGCUCAAAAAGAAACGCAAGCUCAACCUCAAGCGUAUACAGACGAUUUUGGGUGGCAAUAGGCAGGCAAAGGCGGCGCCAAGCAGGCCAGCAGGCAGAGACAGCGAGCAACCCACUGGCACUCAAAUUCUCGGUACCGAAGAUCCGAUCAAAACCGCAAGAUCUCGGAUCAUAGCGGCAGGAGCGCAUACCGGCCUUCACGUACCGCAUCAGCGAGCGCUGUAGCAAGGCGACUGCGGCGGAUGUGUUCGUUUUCUCGGAUAGGUGGCUCACCAUAAGGAAAAAUGGCGCUGGCCCUAGUCCUGCGAUGGAGCUUUUUU